UGUUCCCCUGCGGAGGCACCCGGGUAUCCAUCCCUCUGAUACCUGUUUCCUUCUUGUGGUAGGUCAGACUCAGGAACUGGCUUCUGUUUCACUCCUGGGAUUAAAAUGCUUUAUCUGAUUGGACUAGGGCUGGGAGAUGCCAAAGAUAUUACCGUGAAAGGACUGGAGGUUGUAAAGCACUGCCGCAGAGUAUACCUGGAGGCCUACACAUCGGUCCUAACUGUAGGGAAGGAAGCACUGGAGGAGUUCUAUGGGAGAGAAUUGAUUCUGGCUGACAGAGAAACAGUGGAACAAGAAGCAGAUAAUAUUUUAAAAGAUGCUGAUCUCUGUGAUGUUGCUUUUCUUGUAGUUGGUGAUCCAUUUGGGGCCACAACACACAGUGAUCUUGUUCUGCGUGCAGUAAAGCUUGGGAUUCCAUACAGGGUUAUUCAUAAUGCUUCCAUUAUGAAUGCAGUGGGCUGCUGCGGUUUACAG